AUGGUUGCGCCCUUUGCUAAAGCCUUUGGGACCACUGUCACAUUUCUUGAAAAGAAGGACAAGGCCAGGAAAUUGGCAAAGUCAUUGGGUGCCGACUCUGUCUACGAAAAGUUGCCAGAGCUGAUACCUGAGCAUUCAUUUGACCAUUGUGUGGAUUUUGUUGGACUUCAACGGACACUUGAGAUUUGA